AUGACAAGUCGUCACCGGUCCCUUCCGGGCACGUCUAGUACGGUGUUUGAGAGGAUGCAGAAAAGAGUGAACCAACUGCCGAACAAUUUUAAGGAUCAUGCGGAGCACUGGACUCGUAUAGGUCGUGAGGUGACGAAACCAAGAAGUUACUCUGUUUAUGACAAAAUUGUGGAGCAGCAUCUGUCGCAAUGCACUGGAAGAACCUCCGAAGGGAUGUCCUCUGUUUCAUCGCGGCCACUCAUCAAGAAGAUCUCUGAAGAUGCAGUUACGGAUACUAUGGAUCACCAGCCAUUUCGCAGGAGCACUAUUCAAUCCACCUACGAUAUAUUUGAACGCUAUACGGAAUUUGGAGGAUUGAUUGAAGGCCAUAAAGAGUCAUUAACGGCUCCUAUGGAGGAUAGAGAAUCCGAUGCAUCCAUGGCAAGUCCGCCCAAGGAAAAGCACAAGAUUCCCGGUCUCACUGCAAAAUCGACACUGCACCUUUACAAGCAAAUGGUUAGACCGACAGACCAUAUGAAAAAAGCGAAGUUUCCAGAGCGCCAGCUAUUUAUUUAUGUGGUCGCCGACCCGACGGAUAUGCGACUUGAAAUGAUUGCACUGCGGGGAUUGGUUUGGCCGGCACUUCAACGAAUGUGCACGCAACGAGGCUUCACUCUGCAUAUCAUUGAUCAACACAUGGGAACAGACCUAGAUCCGUCGAGUACCCCGGAAUUCGAAAUACAACGCCGAACCAAAAUUUUUAAUGAUCAUAUGAGAAGAAGACAGGAUCAGCAAAGUUUUGUCAACUGUCUGUUUCUACUGUCAACGCGUUCGGUGGGACCGGUUCCAAGAUUGCCAACAUCGCUUCGUCGUUCAACAGUGAACUAUGUAAUCCAAGCGGCGCAGAAGGAAAUGAACGAACUCGAGGCAGAAGUUCGAAAGUUGACCGACGAACUGCAUUCAACCGAAUUAACACCGACCUCUGGGACAGAGGAUAUAAUCAUUUCAUCGCCUCCCAGUGGUCGUGAUGGAGGUGAAGAAGACCCCAAUUCAGACAAUCAGUUAACGCACGUCCCAUUACGCAGGCCCGCUGCUAUCGAGGAUAGCACUGUUCAGACGCUAGAGCUAAUCCGGACAUUGAAACCUGAUUGCAUUGAAAAAUGGUAUCGAAGUGAGGAGAUUGCUCCGGAAAACGAUGUUUGUCAGUUCCAGCCACUCGGACGUGUGAUACCGGAUGUCCUAUGCUUUGACGACCCCAGUCAACGUCAGUUGGCGAUCGAAGGUUUCCUCAAUGAAGCACACCGCAUUCGCUGCUUGUUGCUGCGUUAUCUCAAGUGGCCUGAUGAUAUCAAUACAAACAGUGCAACGUCGUCAAAGGAUCAGCAUUCCUAUAAAAACACCGGAGCUGCCGAAUUCGGUCGAAAACCGGAAGCUAGCAAUUACCUAUCCGCGCCGGAAGUUUUGCAUGGAGACCUAGACUUUCUGCUGCAGUCUGCGGUCGAAGAGGAAACGAGAACAAUACUGGGCGCGUCGUGCGAUAACACGGAUUGCCUCGUAGUAAUACGACAUCAUGACGACGAAGAACUUGGUGGUGAGCCGAUCGGUACCAAUGAGCAAUUUCCACAUGUGGACCCCACAAUCUCAUCAAACUCUCAGCGCGGUUUAUUUAGUGUUCAUCCGAACACAACUCAUUUAAUGGAACCUUUUGUUCAAUCGGCGAUCAGGGCCCGACACUUGGUCGAAUAUGCUCGUCUGAUGGUGCCACCAGAAAAUCAGAUCUACUAUGAUGUCAUCGCUCCGGACACACUGACGUUGGAGGACAAGAUAACAUGCAGACGCUUUCCGUUGGACCCAUUUUCCGACAAAGAGCAUGCGAGAUAUUUAGAACAACUAUGUCGUAAUAUCCACACUCUGUUCGAAGGAACGCUGGAGCGAGAGAUGAACCGCCGCCUUGGAAAAACUCCUGACCAACAACUAAGCAAACUUGAAGCCUGUGACAAUGACGACGGCGAGCUGCUCUGGAGUCCUGAGUUCGAGAUCUCUGCCCAUCUGGAAAGAUGUGAGAGCUUGUCCAAAGAAUUUAUUGCCCACCAAGACAUACUUGACGAAGUCAUCAGUUGGAUGAACUCUAACAUUCACUCACCAUCGGAAAUGGGCGGAGAGUUUGCAUUGCUCACCGUUAUGGGUCAAUCGGGAAGUGGGAAAUCUGUCUUUUUAGCAAAACUAGCCCAACUACUAUUGGAAGGCAACUGUUUAAAAGAAAAGUAA